AUGCCAAGGUUAAGUAAUGUUAUUAUUACACUUAAAGGAAUCGAUCCCGGUGACGAAGUAACACCCACAUUGGGGAGCUUUAAAAUGCGCAUAUUUAAUAAUUCAAUGAAACUUCAUGAAUUUCAUGUCGUCGAUGAUAUAAGCCUAAGUCACGAUGGUAUAAUCGGAAACGACCUGCUUAAGAAUUUUAGUUGUCAGGUCGACUACAGUAAAAGAAUAUUACAAAUGGAAAAUGAUUCAAUGAACUUAAACUUCUCUGAACCACUCUAUACUAUACCUCCUCGCACAGAAACUGUAAUCGAAUGUACUGUUAGUAACCCCGAAAUCUUGGAAGGAGUAAUUCUAGAUCAACACAUUUCCAAUACCCUAUUAAUUGCAAACUGCAUUGUCAAGGUUAAAGAGAAUAAUCGCGUUAACAUAACAAUAGCCAAUACUUCGGAGGAACCUGCCGUUCUUCAUUCUGACCUCAACCUUACUUUAGAAGAAUUACGCGUUCAACCUUACUCACCUCUUUCUAAAUCAUUACCAAGUCCCAAUUCCCUCACCAGAACCAAUGAAGUUAUCAAACAACUCAGAACCUCCCAUUUGAACCGUGAAGAAACGGAAAGCCUGUUACAAGUCUGCUCUGAUUAUUCUGAUAUCUUCCAUCUCCCAAACGAACAACUUACCUUUACUACAGCCACUGAGCAUCGAAUUAGGACAAGCACAGACGUCCCAAUCCAAACUAAAUCCUAUAGGUUUCCAGAAUGCCAUAAGAAGGAAGUAGAAAACCAAAUUAAUAAGAUGUUGGAACAGAACAUAGUAACGCCAUCAGAUUCACCCUGGUCUUCACCAAUCUGGGUAGUUCCCAAGAAAUUAGACGCAUCAGGCCAACGAAAAUGGAGAGUCGUAAUCGACUACAGAAAGCUGAAUGACGUUACAAUAGGCGAAACUUAUCCCAUUCCACAGAUAACCGAAAUUUUAGAUCAGUUAGGGAAAAGCCAAUAUUUCACUACAUUAGACCUGGCAUCUGGAUUCCAUCAGAUACCUAUUUCCCCAGAGGAUGCAGCUAAAACCGCCUUUUCAAUCCCACAAGGUCAUUUCCAAUUUACAAGAAUGCCCUUUGGUCUAAAAAACGCCCCUUCUACUUUUCAAAAAUUAAUGAACACAUGUCUCUCAGGCCUUCAAGGCUCUCGCUGUUUCGUAUAUCUUGAUGAUAUCGUGGUAUACGCACCAGACCUCCCCUCAAGCAUACAAAACCUGACUUGCAUCUUUGAAAGACUUAGAAGAUAUAAUUUAAAACUACAACCUGAAAAAUGUGAGUUUUUACGUAAAGAAGUCGCAUACCUAGGGCACAUUAUAAAUAAUGAAGGCGUAAAACCAAAUCCAGAGAAAAUAAAAGCUAUCAUUGAAUUCCCAAUACCAAAAUGUGCAAAAGACAUAAAAUCCUUUCUCGGACUCGUAUCCUAUUAUAGACGCUUCAUUCCAGAUUUUUCUAAACUAGCUAAACCCCUAACAUCCCUACUAAAAAAAGAUACACCUUUCAACUGGGAAAAUAAACAACAAUUAGCUUUCGAGAAUUUACAACAUAAACUUACUACCUCCCCAGUAUUAGCUUAUCCCGACUUUACACAACCUUUUAUACUCACAUGCGAUGCUUCAAAUUACGCUGUAUCUGCCAUCCUCUCCCAAGGACAAAUAGGAAAAGACCGUCCAAUAGCUUACGCAUCUCGAACACUCAACAAAGCUGAAUGCAACUAUAGCAUCACCGAAAAGGAAUGUCUCGCAAUAGUUUUCGGCACUAAGGCAUUCCGACCCUAUCUUUAUGGACAUCGAUUCACUAUAGUCACUGACCACAAACCCCUACAGUGGUUGUUUAACUGCAAAGACCCAGGUUCAAGGCUUAUCCGCUGGCGUUUAAAAUUAGAAGAAUUUGAUUAUAAUAUAGUACAUAAACGAGGCAAAAUAAAUUCCAACGCCGAUGCGCUAUCCCGAUUCCCGGUCAACCCUGUAGAAGGAGAAUUACUAGUCCCCGAUACCUUAUCACCGAAUCCCAUUUCCGAAAAUCCACUAGAGGAUCCACUUUUAGAACUACCAUUUCAUAUCCCUACUACUUUCGAUGAUGAAAACUUAUUAAAUGAAAAUGUCAGUCGUAACCCUACUUCAGAUACUGCGGUAAACCCUUAUCAAAACCCAAUUCCUGGUCCCAGUACUGUUCCAGACUUCCCGUUAACCCCAGAAGUAGAACCAGAACUCAUAGACUUAGGCCCUCUAGACUUAAGCCCUCGAAGUGCAGAUCUCGACCUAGAUCUCGAAGGUCUCAAUAUCCCUUCACCGACAGACCUCAUUCAACGACCUAGCAUGAACCUGAAUAAUGACGACUAUUCCAAAUUCCUAAAAACGAUUAGUAACAAAGAGAGCGUUUUUGACACUGUCCUAAAAGAACACAACGAGAACCUAUUAAAAUUCCCCCAUAAAAUAAUUCUAAUUCCUACUUCCAUUGAUCUGGACGAAUCCAAUCCCUACGUCUCUGAAAUUCUAAACGACAACCCAAAUAGAGAUGAAAUCCUUAACGCGGAAAAGGAACCGAAUUCAUUUCUCAACACUAAAUUCGCAGACAAGGAAAUUUAUUUAUUGUUUACCAAAGUACACCAUUUCGACGAAUCGUCUUACCCUGAUAUAUACGAUAGCCUGAAACGAGUAAGAGAUCUUAUUUUACAAAACGGACCUGUAUCAGAUAUCGCAGUUUCGGAUUUUAAAAACCCUUUCGAUCAACAUUCAUACACUAAAAUUUACAAUAUCCUCACCUACGUAUUCCACAAUACUAAAAUCUGUAUACACAUUUAUCUAAAUAAAACAAUCUACCCAACUCUUAGCGAAAGAUCCAAAAUUUUACGGGAAAAUCAUGAUAUCCCUGUAGCCGGUCAUUUAGGUUCAACACGUAUGUACAGUAGGAUAAAAGAACAAUAUUACUGGAAAGGAAUGAGAGGAGACAUAGAAGACUAUGUUAAGAAAUGUAAAAUGUGUCAAGAAAACAAAGCAUUAAGGAAACUCAAUAGAGCUCCCAUGGAAAUUACCACUACUGCAACUGCUCCAUUCCAGAGAGUCGCAUUAGAUUUACCUAUCCUCUUCGUAGUACGACAGCAGAAGAAUCAGCAGAUUGCCUAA